AUGGGAGGCCCAUACCCUUCGAAGACCGCCGCUAUAGGUGGACUACCAACAGUGUCCACCGAUGUGCCGAUCGACGCAGUCUUCAUCUUCCUUUAUGUCUGCUUCGCAGCGACAAACAUGACCAUCUUCCAACUUAAUCGACGGAAAGGGCACAAGUUCCUCCCUUCCGCAGCUUUGUUCGGUUUCUGUAUGGCCAGGAUAGCCACGCUGUCUCUCCGGAUUGCAUGGGCAACGACACCGCACAACGUACGAUUGGCAAUUGCAGCAUCAAUCUUUGUGAAUGCCGGUAUCCUGAUAAUUUAUGUCAUCAAUCUGAUCCUGGCACAACGCAUAUUGCGAGCCACUCACCCAGAAUUGGGAUGGAAUCCGACUUUGCGGGCAGCAUACAAGGUGCUUUACGCCUGUAUCGCUGGAGCGCUUAUCAUGGUGAUCACAUCUGUAGUGCUCUCAUCAUACACGCUCAACACUCACACCAAGCAAGCUUGCCGAGACAUUCAGCUGGCGGCCAUCACUUACCUGCUCGUAUUCACGUGUCUUCCAGCAAUACACGUGGCUUUGGCCAUCUUCCUCCCGAGAUCGCCACAUACCGAGAACUUCGGGAAAGGGAGCAUGAAAAGCAAGUUGAUCAUCGUCACCUCGACGGCGCUGCUUUGCAUGCUGAUCGCUGGAUUCAAAACUGGCAUCGCCUGGAUGCCACCACGAUCUGUCACCAGUCCACCAUGGUAUACCUCCAAAGCGUGCUUCUACAUCUUCAAUUUCUCGCUCGAGAUUCUCCUCCUUUGCAUCUUGACCUUUACCCGGAUCGACAAGCGUUUCUUUGUUCCCGACGGAUCGAAGCAGGCUGGCGAUCAUACGCGUCUUGCUGAGCAGGGCCAAGACAAGACAGAGCGUCACUCGUGGUAUACGGCUUCACAGGGUAGUGAAAGCGGCCUCCAACUGGCCUGCUUAAGAUACCUCCGGACCAAGACGAUCUUCCCCAGCACUUCCACCUCAUCAUUUGCGCGACCGAGCCCCAUUCAGUAUCCCCCCUUCAAUCCUCUCUCUGUCAACGGUGCAUCCAAAUGUGUCCGCUCAUUCUCGACGACGACACCACGUCAAGACUGGCUGACCCCGAAGCGGCCCGAGGUGCGAAAGUCGCACGUAGGGCGCCCGCGCAUGCCUACUGGCGGAUCGAUGCGAGGAACGACCGUCGUCUGGGGUGACUACGGGCUGCGCAUGAAAGACCACGAUCGAAGAGUAUCUGCCAAGCAGCUGAAGAACGCCGAAGAAACCAUCAACAGAAGACUACGCGGUGAACGCUUCAGACUGUACAAACGGGUGAGCGCCAACAUCGGCGUCUACACCAAAGGCAGCGACGUGCGGAUGGGUAAAGGGAAGGGCAAAUUCGACUACUGGGCCGCACGUAUCCCCGUCAGCCGCGUCGUCUUUGAGAUCAAGAGCAACCUGCACGAGCAGGUGGUGAGGGACGCCUUCAGACUGGCUGGGAACAAAUUACCUGGAUUGUGGGAGUUUGUCAAAAAGGGCGAUCCCCCGAUGGUGGGCAUCACCAAGUUGAGCCCCGGCGUGACGUUGCAGAGCUUAAAGGAGGCGAGAAGAGAGGUCGAGGCCAAGGACAAGAGUGAGAGUGAACCACAAACACAACCGAUCGUUCCUCCAACAGUCAAGGUCCCUCCGCAUACAAUUUCGACGGGGCUAGACCCGCCUGCGACAACGGUACAUGUAGCACCCUGA